UGGAGCAUUCAUGGCAGCGCAUGAAGCAUGUAAAGCGCUAGCUUUUGGAGUUUAGACAUUAGAGAAUCAGAUAGACUAACUGAUUAACCUGCAGGAUUUUUCAUCUACUGCACAGCUUCUAUGUUUCUUGUCUUCUGUCUCAAAGCAGAAAAGAAGAAGGAAAAUAAGCUCUAAUUUCAGCAAAAGGUAUGGAUCUAGAACACGGAUUCUAUCGGCAUGUGGACGUCCCGGACCACGUUCACUACAUCGUUGCCUUCUUCGUCUUAGUGAUCGGAGCAGUGGGAGUUUCUGGGAAUGCCUUGGUCAUGUAUGCUUUUUCUUGCAACAAGAAACUCCGGACACCUCCCAACUUCUUUAUCAUGAACCUGGCCAUCAGCGACUUCCUGAUGGCCAUCACACAAUCACCCAUCUUUUUUGUUAACUGCCUCAAUAAGGGGUGGAUUUUUGGGGAAACAGGCUGUAAAAUUUAUGCCUUCUGCGGGGCUUUAUUUGGAAUCUCCUCGAUGAUAAACCUUCUCGCCAUCUCUAUAGACCGGUACAUAGUAAUCACCAAGCCUUUGCAGUCCAUAGGGUGGACUUCGGCAAGACGUACUUGCCUCAUAAUUGCCCUUGUGUGGUUUUAUUCACUUGCUUGGAGCCUUGCACCACUUUUGGGGUGGAGUUCCUACAUCCCCGAGGGCCUGAUGACCUCCUGCACAUGGGACUAUGUGACAUCUACUCCAGCCAAUAAAAGUUACACUUUGAUGUUGUGCUGCUUCGUAUUCUUCGUUCCUCUGGGCAUCAUAUCCUACUGUUACUUGUGCAUGUUCCUAGCAAUUCGUCAUGCAAGCAGAGAUGUUGAGCAGUUGGGGUCUCAGGUGAGAAAGUCAACCCUGAUCCAACAGCAGUCUAUCAGGACUGAGUGGAAGUUGGCAAAGAUUGCCUUUGUGGUGAUCAUAGUGUUCGUACUUUCCUGGUCACCCUAUGCGUGUGUCACUCUCAUCGCCUGGGCUGGAUAUGCACACAUUCUCAAUCCAUACUCCAAAGCUGUCCCUGCGGUUAUUGCAAAAGCGUCUGCCAUCUACAACCCUUUCAUCUAUGGAAUCACUCACUCCAGAUACAGGGACACCCUGGCAGAGAAGGUCCCCUGCCUACACUUUCUGGCCCAUGCCCCUAAAAGGAACUGCAUAUCAGUGUCAAACAGUAAGUCCUCCAAAAGGGACUCGGUGCUUAGCCAUCAGUCAUCAGUCUCCAAAUCACAGUUUCAGAGAGUUUCCUCCAUGUCUACAACAGACACAGUUUGCAGUGACGUGGAGUUGGAUUCUAUGGAUCAGAGUCAUUGUGCUAAGACAGAUUAUACCCCUGCUGCUGCAAAGGUCAAAGAACGUUAUUCUUUAACUAAACAGUUCAUGGAGAAGGAAUGUCUAAGUCAGGAAAAGGCUGCUUUUCCGGAGAAAACGUCACAGAAAAAACUUUCGCCAGUAUAUCACAUCAGUUUAUCAACAGAAUAGAUGUUCUUAGCUUGGAGGAGGAGAACCUUGAAAGCUGAACAACACAGCGAAAGCGGGACGGUGAAUAAAGCAUUCCAAAGUGAAGACACUGAGGCACAGCAGCCCCAGAAAGAGAAAAACAAGGAUGAGUCACGGAUGCUAGAAACUUUGGACAAUCAUGUAUGUCUUUUCCCCCUGAGAGGUCAGAUCCAACUCAAUGAAAAGCCUUCAGUUAUAUAACAAGAGCAUGGUGCACAAAGCCUACAAGAAAAAUCUGAGAAUUUGUUUACAACCUCUGGACUGUUCUGCUCAGCAAAUAAAGACUCCAACAUUUCUGAAGCACAAGUUGCGACACAGCUUAUCCCAAAAAAGAUUUGAUCCAUGUUUCCAGACAUUUAACUGAAGAGCAGCAAGUAAAACUCUUUUCACCAAAGACGUAAAGUCUACCUUCGUUACAAUAUGUGAAAAACUUAAUCAUGUUAUGUGUCUGCUUACAUAACAAGCAAAUUCUUUUGUUCUUUGUGAAAUCAUGUGCACUACAAAAUUAAAAAUAUUCACUUUU